AGUAAGUACGUGCAAAACGUCGAGAACGAGUACGAGACCAAAAUUCCUAGGUUUCAUAUCAAGUUAUUCCGUCUCGGAUAAUGAACUCGAAAAACUUUUUGGAUGUACAGCACAAAUAAAUCAUGCUUGCACGUCUUUUGUUUUGAAAAGUAUCAGUAUUUCAGCGGGGGCUGCAGCUCCGAAAGGCAAUUCCUUUUUCCCGGUAGUUGUUCCUGGAUUUUUCAAACUCACAGUUUUGCUGUGAGAAAAAAUCGAAAAGUCCACCGGUUUUGUUUGUAAUCUG